AGAGGAGACAAACCCGGCGGGCAGCGAGCGGAGCGGGCCGGGCGCCUGGGGCUGCCGGGCGGGGGCUCAGGGCAGCGGCGGCCGCCAUCGCCAGAGGGAGCCCCGAGCGGGCGGCGGAGCUGCCUCCGGGACCCCCGGCGGGCGCAGGGCCCCGCUCCGCCUCCCCUCGCCCCCGCCGCCUCCCCCUCCUCGCCCCCCCGGCUUCCCACCACGGCCGCUCUCGGCGAGGAAACUCUGGCCUCCGCUUCCUCCUCCUCCGACUCGGACACCGGCGGAGCCUCCCCGCCCCCGCGGAAGAAAGCCCGGGCCUCCCCGGCGGCGGCGGAGGGAGCAGGAGAGCCCGGGGCUUCCGCGGGCAGAGCAGGCCUCACCUCGUCCCAGUCCCCCUCGGUGCCCGCCGGGCUCGCCCCCGCCGCCGCCCCGCUCAGAGGCAGCAGCAGCAGCAGCGGCGGCAUCGCCAGCAGCGCCAUGCAGGCCAACGGGGCGGGAGGGGGCCAGCAGCAGCAGCAGGCGCCGCCGCAGGGCCCGGAGCUGGGCUGCCUGGGCGCCCAGAACGGCGAGGCCUCGGCGGGCACGGCCGCCGGUGACCAGCUGGCCCACGCCAACGGGCUGCUGCCCUCGGCCAACAGCGGCGGCCCCGGCGGCGGCAGCCCCGGCGGGCUCGGUGUCAACAACGGGGUGCCCGCCGCCGGGGGGCCCGGCCCGGCCGCCGCCGAACUGGGGGGCGGUGGCGGCAGCGCCCUGAAGAAGAAGAAGCGGCUCUCGCAGUCCGACGAGGACGUGAUCCGGCUGAUCGGGCAGCACCUCCACGGGCUGGGGCUCAACCAGACUGUUGAUCUCCUCAUGCAAGAGUCAGGAUGUCGUUUAGAACAUCCUUCAGCUACCAAAUUCCGCAAUCAUGUCAUGGAAGGAGAAUGGGAUAAGGCUGAGAACGACCUGAAUGAACUUAAGGCCUUAGUGCAUUCUCCGCAUGCAAUUGUGAGGAUGAAGUUUUUGCUGCUGCAGCAGAAGUACCUGGAAUACCUGGAGGAUGGCAAGGUCCUGGAGGCACUUCAGGUUCUACGCUGUGAACUGACGCCUCUGAAAUAUAACACAGAACGCAUUCAUGUCCUCAGUGGGUACCUGAUGUGUAGCCAUGCAGAAGACUUGCGUGCAAAAGCAGAGUGGGAAGGGAAAGGAACAGCUUCCAGAUCUAAACUUUUGGACAAACUCCAGACCUACCUGCCCCCAUCAGUGAUGCUUCCUCCGAGGCGUUUACAGAACCUGCUGCGCCAGGCUGUGGAACUGCAGCGGGACCGGUGCCUCUAUCACAACACCAAACUCGACAGCAACCUCGACUCUGUCUCGCUGCUAAUAGAUCACGUUUGUAGUAGGAAACAGUUCCCCUGCUAUACCCAGCAGAUCCUAACGGAGCACUGUAACGAAGUGUGGUUCUGCAAAUUCUCCAACGACGGCACGAAAUUAGCAACAGGAUCUAAGGACACAACUGUUAUUAUAUGGCAGGUUGAUCCAGACACUCACCAGCUAAAACUCCUUAAGACGUUAGAGGGUCACGCGUACGGCGUCUCCUACAUUGCCUGGAGUCCAGAUGACAACUACCUUGUUGCCUGUGGCCCAGAUGAUUGCUCUGAGCUUUGGCUCUGGAAUGUACAAACUGGGGAGCUGAGGACAAAGAUGAGCCAGUCUCAUGAGGACAGUUUGACAAGUGUGGCCUGGAAUCCUGAUGGGAAGCGCUUUGUAACGGGAGGGCAGCGUGGACAGUUCUACCAGUGUGAUUUAGAUGGUAAUCUCCUUGACUCCUGGGAAGGGGUGAGAGUACAAUGCCUUUGGUGCUUGAGCGAUGGGAAAACUGUUCUAGCGUCGGACACACACCAGCGAAUUCGGGGCUACAACUUCGAGGAUCUCACAGACAGGAACAUAGUACAAGAGGAUCACCCUAUUAUGUCGUUUACUAUUUCAAAAAAUGGCCGUUUAGCUUUGUUAAAUGUAGCAACUCAGGGAGUUCACUUAUGGGACUUACAAGACAGAGUUUUAGUGAGAAAGUAUCAAGGUGUUACACAAGGAUUUUACACAAUUCACUCGUGUUUUGGAGGUCAUAAUGAAGAUUUCAUUGCGAGUGGCAGUGAAGAUCACAAGGUGUACAUCUGGCACAAGCGCAGCGAGCUGCCCAUCGCCGAGCUGACGGGGCACACGCGCACGGUGAACUGCGUCAGCUGGAACCCCCAGCUCCCGGCCAUGAUGGCCAGCGCCUCCGACGACGGCACCGUCAGGAUAUGGGGACCAGCGCCUUUCGUAGACAACCAGGAUAUUGAAGAGGAAUGCAGUAGCAUGGAUAGUUGAUGGCGAAUUUGGAGCAGACGACUUCAGUUUAACUUAAUUAGUCGUAUUUUAAAUGGCUUGGGAUUUGGUGCAAACAAACAUGAUUGAUAGCUGGACAGACAUGCUCGUCAUGAAAAAAGAACCAUUUCUGAAGCCCAGUUGGGGCCAAACAUUUACCACCUUUGCUUCAUAGUAACCAGUCGAGAUGAAGCACGUCUUUAGAACUUUGUUGGACACCGUGUUGAAAUUACCCCCCCAUCGGUUGUGAAGAACUGUGCUACAUUCAGGCUAACCAUUGAACUCAGUAUAUAUAUUUUUCCCUCCUGCCUUUUUGUCUGGCAGGCUACUGUUCUUGUUGCUCUUCUGUGUAAUGAAGUUUAAAUGCUUGUUUGGAACACUUUAUUUAACAGUUUAGAAGGCUUGAUAGAAAGAGUGCUUUAGUCUGAAGAGUAUACAUUGGAUAGGAAAGUAUUUCCUUCUCUUGUUUCUCAAGUCUCUCUCCGCCUUACUUAGCUUGAGAUCUUUGCAGCUUGGUUCAUGGAUUCUAGCCUUGCCCGUUGCGCAGUAUAUCUAUCAAUUGAGAGGAUAAACCAAUGAACUAUGUCAAAAGCACUCUCAGUAUCACAUUUGACAAAAAGUUUUGUACUUUUCACAUAGCUCGUUGCCCUGCAAAGGGGUUAACAGCACAAUUUUUUAAAAAUAAAUUAUUUAUAGGAUUAAAAUGAC